AUGGGACGCGCUAUUGCUGGGAUAGGAUCCGCCGGCAUCUUCUCCGGCUCAAGUGUCAUCCUGAUGCAUAUCAUUUCCCUUGCGAAGCGUCCCAUGUUCAUCGGUUUUAUGGGUGCAAUCUUCGGCAUCUCCUCCAUCAUCGGGCCCGUUAUGGGAGGAACCUUUACGGACAGAGUAUCAUGGAGAUGGUGUUUCUACAUGAAAUUAUCCGGCUCAACCCCUUUUGGCACCGUUCUAUUCCUUCCAGGCAUCACCUGCUUUCUCCUUGCACUGCAAUGGGGUGGGACCAUAUAUGCUUGGAACAACUCACGUAUCAUCGCCCUCUUUGGGCUUGCCGGUGUGCUCACGAUUGGUUUCACUGCUAUACAGACAUGGAGGCAGGACGAUGCUACAGUUCCUCCUCGCAUCGUCAAGUACCGGAGUAUUGCCUGUGGGAUGAUCUUCACUAUGUGUAUCGGUGGCGGCAUGGUUUCAAUACUCUACAGUAUAGCUCUGUGGUUUCAGGCCGUCAAAGGCACCACUGCCGUGCAAUCUGGGGUCAACUCGAUCCCUAUGGUCUUGGGACUUGUCGCUGGUUCUAUCCUGGCCAGUGCCAUCGUCACUCGCACCAGAUACUACGUCCCGUGGAUGUUCGUGUCCACAAUACUGGCGUCAACGGGAUCUGGUCUGAUCACCACCUUGACGAGAUUUACUGGGCAUUCGGAAUGGAUCGGUUACCAAGCUUUGUCCGGCCUUGGUUUGGGCACAGGCAUGCAAUAG